AAAAAUUCUUCUUGGUUAACAGCAACUGCUUAAAAACUUCUCCUAUGUAGUCAAAAGUAUCAGUGGGUGCCUUCGGAUGACGAUAUAAACAUCCUAUAACAAUAGAUGGCAGCUUUCUACAUUGUAAUGUUAACCAUACAUCUUCCACACCUACAGGCUUGUCGAUAUGUGUCUGGAAAGGAGUCACAGUAAAAGUAUUCUUUACAAAUAUGCAUGAUCCACCACCACGUCCUUUGUCACAUCUAAAAAUAGUGUAACGCCCGGGUAUUAUUGUUGUUUAGUCUAAGUUGCCUUUAUUUCUUUCUGUGGGAUUGAGUGUGUGACGUGCGUGUGUGUGUGUCAGCUGUGCCUGGUGUCUGGCAGUGGUGCAUGGAUGGCGGGAGAGAAGUCGCGUGACUGCAGUGACUGGGCAGUGUGUUGUUGGCCCCGCUCUGGAUAACUUGUCUUUGCGUGUCCUCCGUGCCGAGUGCCUGUUGCGUGAGCCUGAAGAGUUUGACUGUCCCUGCCUGUGUCUGUAACUGCCUGUAACUAACGGAACUAGUAAAGGAAGAAAGUGUUGCCCACUGUUUGUCUACCCGCUCUGUCUGGCUGUGCGUGAAUCACGUGGGACGUGGUACCCUUAGCAUCUCUUGUCUAGCCUGCUGGUGUUCCCGAGUGCUGUCCUGACUGUCGGGGAAUUGUGGGCGUCUACGGGAGUGCUGAGGUUUGUGCUUUCGUAACAAUGGCGUCAGGAGUGGGAUGCUAAGUGUGUGCUCGUACAGACCUACGUGACUCGAGUGGAGAAACCAUGGCAGACAAGGUGGUAGACAAAAUGGCGGGCGAGAGUGGUGCUGCUGACCAGUGUGAGGGACUGAGUGGGUCUAGUCACGACUCUAGUGAUGCUGGUGACGAGAAGCCCACCCAGAUGGACCUCCUCAUGUCCCAACUGGCGAGUAUGGCUCAGAAGCAGGAGGAAAGGCACGAGCAAACCGUGGCAACACAAGCUGCCCAAACUGAACGACUGAUGGAAGCCCUGCAAAGCAGCCUAGGUUCUCUGAGGGCUGAAACGCAGGCGUAUACUGAUCGCUCGUGUGAGGCAGUGAAACAGGAGGUAAAAAGUGAACUCCAAGCCUUGCGGGAAGAGGUGGCAGACCUGCGUGAGGGCGCGAGUGUUUGGCGGCAGGGCGCGUGGCCGCCACGUGGCGUCUUGGCGGGAGGUGUACAGCUGCCCGCAACCCCCGCCUGGCCUCCCGUGACUAGCCCAGGACCUGAAGGGAGUGUGGCCUCAGCCCCACCUGCUGUUGGGGGCCUUGGAUGGGGCCCUGUGGGGGAAGCAGGUCCUUGGGAAGCACUCGAGAUGGCCGUUGGGGGCUGGCCGCCCACCCGGGACAGGAGGGGAGGGCUUAGCCUGCCCCCUACACCGCCGGGCUCACCUCCCCGUGCCGCCUCCCCGCCCCCGAGCCCUAAGGCAGCCCGCUCGUCACCUCGUCACGUGAGACGCAAGCCAGCGGAGUACGAUGGUAAGGUCAGCUGGGAGUCUUACGUCGCCCAGUUCGAUAUGCUGGCCUUGGCCCAGGGCUGGGGGGAGGCAGAGAAGGCCCUGCAACUAGCGACAGCGCUGCGAGGCCCGGCGUUGGAAGUGCUGGGUCAUCUCCCUGCCAGCCAGCGCACCUCAUACGCAGCAGUGUCCGAAACUUUGCGGCGACGUUUCGGACACCGUCAUCAGGCGGAGAUAUACCGCGCCCAGCUUAAGAAGAGGACGCGAGAGAAGGACGAAACCCUUUCCCAGCUGGCGCAGGACGUAGAAGGGCUGGUGAGGAGGGCGUAUCCAAGCGCGGCCGAGGACAUGGUCGUUGUUCUGGCGCGCGACGCGUUCGUAGACGCCCUCCAGGACCACCAGCUCCAAAUCUAUGUGAAGCAGGCACACCCAGCUGACGUGCAGGUGGCGUUGGCACGGGCUAUGGAGUUUGAGGCCUUCCUACAGACGACGACCAGCCUCUCUUCUCUUGCCCAGCCUCGCGGUGAGGUACGGGGCCGGAAGGCGAAGGUGGAGCACAAGGCGGCGUCACAGGAGGCGAGCCCGUCCGAGUUCGCCGGCCGCUGUUGGGGCUGCAGUGAGAGAGGCCAUAGACGCAGCCAAUGUCCGAGGGGACGAGGGACGCGCUCCCUCGAUCGGCCUAACUCCAAAGCCUUCCAGACGUGCUGCGCCGCAUGCGGCAAAUCGGGCCACCGCUCCAGCGCCUCCCCCAAGCCCAAGGAGGUUGCUGAGGCGGAAAACAGCAGCGGGCUGGAGGAGGGGGCGACCUCACAGCCUGCCAAGGUGCCAAUGCCCCGUGCUGUGUAAAGUGCCACCUCACCGUCAGCGCAGUGCAGGUACGAGGUGCGGUUGAUGGAAGGCCUUGCUGCAUGACCAUUGACAGCGGGGCUGAGCGCACCAUCGUGCAGCGGAGGCUGGUAAGUGCUGAGUGGCUCCCGUGCACCGUGGACAGGCUGUGUGGAGUAACGGGGGACUGCAUGCCGUUGCAAGGCCCAGUAGACGUUCGAAUAAGUGUCGGCAGCGCGGAGGUGAACCUGCCCGUGUAUGUUGCCGAGCUGGAGGAAGAGUGUCUGCUGGGUUACGACUACCUGAAGAAGACCAGGGCCUGCGUAGACUUUGGACGGAAGGUGAUAAAGGUAUGUGGAUACGAUGUGCCUUUCCUUCCGGAGGUCGGCCGGUCGGAGGUAGUGACGACACGGCGGAUGCAGUUGGCCCCGCGCUCUGAGUGUCGAGUACAGUGUCGACUCGCACGGCCGAUGCAGAGCACGGAGGGCCUAGUGGAACCAGCCAGCGACUGUCGACUGGCUGACGGAGUGGCAGUCGGAAGGAGCCUCGUGCAAGCGGGGGAGAAGGUAGUCACUGUCUUACUGGCUAACUUCUCCGACGAGGCUCGCAACAUACCCGCCGGAACAGCGGUGGGCGAGUGCGUGGAGGUGCAGCGUGCCGAGGCACCGCCGCAGGGUGAGCGGGCGGCCGAGGGAGCCCCGCUGCCGAGCUUCCUGGAGGAUCUAGCGACCCGGAGACAGCUGUCACCACCCCCAGCGAGCCAGAGGAGGCCGAGGCUGAGGAGUCAGGGGUGGGCGACGGCCGCGACUCAGAGCCAGCAGAGGAACCUCAGCCCACUCGGCCGCGCAGGGACAGACGCCGCCCACGGCGUUAUGAUGAUUUUGUGUUGAUUGACUCUGAGGGAGAGAUAUAAGGAGAGGCAAGGUCGGGUCGACCUUUUUGUAAAGGAGGGGGUGAUGUAACGCCCGGGUAUUAUUGUUGUUUAGUCUAAGUUGCCUUUAUUUCUUUCUGUGGGAUUGAGUGUGUGACGUGCGUGUGUGUGUGUCAGCUGUGCCUGGUGUCUGGCAGUGGUGCAUGGAUGGCGGGAGAGAAGUCGCGUGACUGCAGUGACUGGGCAGUGUGUUGUUGGCCCCGCUCUGGAUAACUUGUCUUUGCGUGUCCUCCGUGCCGAGUGCCUGUUGCGUGAGCCUGAAGAGUUUGACUGUCCCUGCCUGUGUCUGUAACUGCCUGUAACUAACGGAACUAGUAAAGGAAGAAAGUGUUGCCCACUGUUUGUCUACCCGCUCUGUCUGGCUGUGCGUGAAUCACGUGGGACGUGGUACCCUUAGCAUCUCUUGUCUAGCCUGCUGGUGUUCCCGAGUGCUGUCCUGACUGUCGGGGAAUUGUGGGCGUCUACGGGAGUGCUGAGGUCCACACACUGUAGCGGGCACCAACUGGUACUGCAGGUUGAAGUGUUUGCCAGGUGCAGACCAGGUGUGGUGAGCCACGUGGUGAAUUGUGAAUUGCAUCUGCGUGCACCCCCCUCCUGUAUCUCCACCAGCAGCUGUGUGGGCGCCUGUGGGAGAGAGACGUGGAUUAGGUGGGUGGAUAGAUUGUAUGUAUUGUUACGUUGGGUUUAGUUACGAUAGGUCAAGUUAGGUUAGAUUAGGUUAGACUGAGUUUUGUGGGCGCCUUGGGAUGGCUAGAAAGAAAUUAGAAGGGUAGACAGGUAGGUUUGGUUAGGUUUGGUUAGAGAUAGAUGGCUAGAUAAAUAGGCUAGGUUAGGUUAGGUUAGGAUAGGGACAGAUGGGUAGAUGGAUAGAUCAUUCAAUAUUCACGUGUUGUUAUGUUGUAGUGUUGUGUCUUAAUAUAUCACAGGAAAAUAAUAAUUGUUCUCUCUCUUUCUCCUUUCAGAUACACACACACACACACACACACACACACACACACACACACAUAAGCACGCACGCAAGCACGCACGCAAAGUGAUAGUUAUUUCGUGAUUAUUUCGUGAUUUAGUGUGGAAGGAGUAUUGCAUGUUCUACUACUAUUUCUACUACAACUAUUACUGCUACUACCGUGAAAAGUAAGUACCCUCAUUGUUGUUGUUGUUGUUACUACUCUUCUUCCUCUUCUUCUAUAAACGUGAGUGUGUGUGUGUGUGUGUGUGUGUGUGUGUGUGUUUCCAUCUUGCCACACUUAAAUAACUUGCACAACAGAAAAACUACUUUGAAAAUUACCUUCCAUCUCAAUUUUCAACCGUUUUCUGAAAACAUGUCAUUGUGGAGGAGGAGGAGGAGGAAGAGGAGAAGAGAAAAACAUAAACAAAUAACACAGUAAUAUUAUUAUUAUUAUUAUUAUUAUUAGUAGUAGUAGUAGUAGUAGUAGCAGUAGUUUCGACCACGUAUACUACACUUACGCAGAUAAAUGCAAAAUAAACAAAACGACAAAUAAAUUGGAUAGAUAGAUAGAUAGACAAAUAAUCACACACAAACACAGAUAAACACCUAGAAACACAAGGUAAACAAAACUAUGGAUAAACACACACACACACACACACACACACACACACACACACACACACACACACACACACACACACAAAAGUAAUCACACAGGUAAACUCUUGCAUUAGGGAGGUGAACAGAAUAGAAUAAUGCUAAGAGAAAGUAGAAUGUCUUGUACAGUGAGGUGAGAUGGAUAGAUAGAUAGACAAUUAGAUAGAUAGAUAGACAAAUAAACACACAGGUAAACACAACAAACAGACACGUGUAAACUCACCUGCCGGUCAGAUAGAUAGAAAAAUAGACAGACAAACAGACAGACAGACAGACAGACAGACAGACAGACAGACAGACAGACAGAUAGAUAGAAAGAUAAAUAUACAGGUAAACUCAGACAGACACGUGUAAACUCAGCUGUCAGUCUCCACACACACACACACACACACACACACACACAUACACACACACACACACACCCAAUGAAAGUCCUCGAGCUGGCGUGGCCGAACAAGUCGUCAACCUCUUGUACCAUCACGUGACCCUGGAGCUUUCACCUGCACCCCCACCCCUCCACCGCCUCGCCCCUACACCAGAAGAGGUCAGAGUCCAGGCAGGGUGCCCUGCUCAGAACCAGCCAGGCUCCCUCUGUGCAGCUUCCUCAAAGGUUGCUGCAAGACUGGCCAUUGUCUGUGCUGCUGGAAGUAGUGUUGUAGUAGAAGCUGUGAGGCUGGGCUGCAGCGUGAGUGACUGGCAGCAGCAGCAACAGCAGCAGCAGUCUGCCUGGGUGUGGGGACAAGGAUCACCAGGAGGCAGGCAGCUCUAGCUACAAAGCAGAGAGGAAGUUUGAGUGCCAGCAGUGUGAAAUAACUUGGAGUCUAGAACUGGUCUGAAGCACCACACCCUGACACACAGUGGUGUUGGAAAUUAUGAGUGUCCAGAAUGUGGAAAGAAAUUUAUCAACAAGUCUAACUUCACCUGACAUACCUUGUCACACAGUGGUGUUAGAAAUUAUGAGUGUCUGGAAUAUGGAAGGAAAUUUACCCACAAGUCUAACCUCACCAAACACAUCCUAACACACAGUGGUGUUAAAAAUUAUGAAUGUCAAGAAUGCAGAGAAUUUUCCCAAAAGCUUCAUCUCACCAGACACAAAGUGAAACACGGUGUGAAUGUCUAAUGUGGGAAAAAUUUAUCCAAAAGACUAACCUCACCAAACACAGAGACACACAAUAGUGUUAAAAAUUACAAAUGUCAAAAAUGUGGAAAGAAAUUUAGGUGCAAGUCUUACCUCACCACACACAACCUGACACUCUGUGGUGUUAGAAAUUAUGAAUGUCUGCAGUGUGGAAUGAAAUAUCCCUGAAAGUGUAACCUGACCAGACACACCGUGACACACAGUGGUGUAAGAAAGUAUGAGUGUGAAGAGUGUAGCAAAAGAUUCACUACUGGUUCUAGGUUCAAUGAACGCACCUUCAGACACAGUGGCCUGGGGGAGUCCCAAAUGUGAUGUUUGUGGCAAGUGUUUCAAGACAAAGUCUGAGAUUGAUAAGCACAUGAAAAUCCAUUUUUGAGGUAGUGUGUUGUGUGGACAAUUGUGGUUACACCCAUACCUAUGGGAGUGUCAUCUCUGGCAAUGUGUGGUGGUGGUGGUGUGCAGUGUGUUGUGCCUGUGAUGGACAGCUAACUUAGCACACGACCAACUCAUCACUUGGCACACCACCACCACCACCACCACCAGUGCACACCACCAGCACAGUGUGGAGGAUAGGAGGAAGAGAAAUGCUGCUCCAGAUUCCAAGCUUGAAAAUCCAACGCCAUUAAUCUUGUGUAUGUCUGGUGUUGCACUGUUAGAAUCUAGAAGCAUGGAUCCUCACUCCUUGAUCAAGCAGCAGCGGCAGUAGCAACAGUCAUCGCUGUUUCGUCAAAACCGCUGGGUAGAGAGGGUCGAACGUUACAUUCAACUUAUUUUCUUAAGUCUAUCCAACCUGAGAACAAUUACCUAAUUAACACAACAUCACAGAGCAUAACACCACAAAUUCAAAGUAUCCAAACUCGUAUAAUGCUAAAUCUUCAGUCAUCAAACUAGAAAGUUCACAUAAGUUAUCCUCUUGACCAUGAUAUUUCAAACCUGUUUGUCCUGAUUUAAAUCUUAAUGUAACAUUCCACACUUUAUCAUCAGACCCUGGGUUAGCUGUAAGAACUUGCGCUAGUUUCCAAUGACCCCAAUGAUUAGCAGAUUUUAUACCCUUUAUCAUUCUUCUAGCACCUGGUACCCAAUAUUUGUCUUGCAACUUUGCUAAAGUUGAUUCAACUCCUGCAUGAUCACUGUAAUGCAAACUGGUUAUCAACAGCUUAGUAAAUGGAUGACCAGGUAAUAGUAGGAUGAGUUCAUCUCUGUUCCAGUUUUCUUUUAACCAUUUGCUUAUUCUGGAACCCACAAGGAUGACACCUUCAUUGUUCAUGAUUGGGCCUAAUCUGCAAUAUCUCACUUGCCAGUCUUUACCAAUGCCCUUUUGUACCAAUCUAAUCCAAUAUAUCUCAGCAUCAUGAAUGUCCUUUGUUUCUGGUUCUUGAUGCAGGCUUAAGAUUGAUCUAGAACUGGCUGCCCUUAAGACUCUAGCAGUAACAUUAAUUAGUUUAUCAUACUUACUGAAUCUAGAGAUAUCCACAACACAAUCACUGCCUGCAUUAACAUAAAAACUCUGUGUGUUUGACAUACAAAAUAUCUGGUAAUUUCACACUACAACUCUGAUUAAUAGGCCACUGUUCUCUAGGAGUACACAGAAACUCUGGACCAGUUUGCCAACUUGAUCUAUGAUCUAAUAGACUAGGUUUACAUCCUCUAGUACACCUAUCUGCUGCAUUUAAGCAAGAAUUCACCCAAUACCACUCAUUCGGCGAACUUUUUGAUUAAAUCUCUGAAACUCUGUUUGCCACAUACAUAUUGAAUCUGAAAGAGUCCUUUUGGAUUUGGGCUCUCACGAUCUCCAAAUCGAUGAUAUGGGUGACUGAAUCAAAGGUCCAUUUUAUUUAAUUUUCGAUGAAAUUUCUAAGAUGACAAGCCAAAAUCGCCCCGCACAACUCUAACCUAGGCACGGUAUUUGUUUCAAUUGAGCCAACUUACUUUCUGAGGCAAGAAGAACACAAUUAUAUGAGCCAUCAGAAAGUUCCCACCUGGCAUAUGCUACUGCUCCAUAAGCCUUUGUACUUCCAUCAGCAAAUACAAUUAAGUCUAGGUUACCUACAGCAUUGCAAGGUUUCAGACACCGGGUAAACUUGACAGACUCCAGUUCAAACAUUUCUUUAAACAUCAUUUUCCAUUUGUAAUAGUGAGAGGGGCUGACAACCUCAUCCCAUGUCAGUUUCUUACUAUCACAGUUGACAUCUGACAUCAAAUCUCUCAUCAACAAUUUUGAUUUUAAUGUGAAAGGAGUGAGAAAAACUAAGGGAUCAUAAAUGCUAGACACUUGUCUUAAUAUUAAUCUCUUUGUAAAUUUUUGCUUGUAAUAUUUCCUUAACUUCAUCCUCUUUGAGAUCUGCAUCCUUAAAUAGUUUUUUUUAUUUUCUUGGAAAAGUUCAAACAAACCUUAAAAUAGAAGUGAUCAUGGUGAGGAUCCCAACUUAGCCCCAAUACUUUCUUUUUCCUUACUAAAUACAACCUUAGGAUGAAGAGUUGUAAGGUUUCCUUCACCUGAUAUUACCCAUUCCUUUAUGUGAAAUCCACCUUUGCCCAGCACAGUAUCAACUUCCUGCAUUAAUUCGUUAGCAGCUACGUGGUCUUCAACACUUAUAAAGUCAUCUACAUAUGAGUCAUUCUCAAUAAGUUUGGUAGCCCUAGGACAAUCAUUAGACAUUUGUGCAAUUUUACGCAACGUAAUCAUAGCAAUUGCACCCCCAGGCAUCUCCAAUAGUAUCUGUUGUUAGGGCAUAUUGGUCAGGCUGCUUCUCAGUUUUCAUAUCCCUCCAUAGAAACCUAUGAGAGUUCUGAUCUAAAGGAGAUAUUCUAACACAAUUAUACAUCUUGAUAUAACCAAUCAUGCCAAUGAAGUCUUGGCGAAAUCUGAGGAGGACUCCCAACAUGUUAGUGUGACAAUUAGGACCUUCGGCCAGAAAUUUAUUUAAGACGUACCCCAUAUAAGCGGCAGAGGAAUCGAACACAAUCCUAAGUGGUGUUGAUUUUGAGUCUGGUUUGUGUACCUCAUGAUGUGGUAAGUAAAUUAUGGGCCCUUUAUAAUGGAUUAUCUCCUCUGCUAAUUCCCAAGCUAUUCCUCUGUUAAUCAUUUCUUGCAUUUGUUCAUUAUACUUCCGAGCAUACUCUUCGCCAAGCUUGUACAACCUUUUCUCUGUGGAUAUUAGUCUGGCAUAAGCAAGAGAAUAAUUGUUAGGGAGCUCAUUGGGGGUUUCUAAUCCAAGGAUAUUCUGACACCCAACUCCCACUAUUCUUGUCAUAUUUUAAUCCAUCUUCAAUUAACUUCACUUCCCUAUCGUCUUUAGUUUUAGGGAGCCUGAAAGAGAGCACUUGCCACAGCGGCAUCCACCACACUGAGGAAAGCAGGAAAUCUCUAAUUCCUCUGCCCUGAAGAACGACUCCAGUGAUAUUUGAACAUUACUUCUGGGCUCAAUCAUAUAAUCAUCUAAUUGUAAACAUCUCACGUGGUUCACUGUAACAUUUAACUUGGCUGAAUCUGUUUUCUGCAGCCAAAUAUCCUCUUACACACAGACCAGAAGAACCCCGCAUCAACUGUAAGUCCCCCACUGUUCUUAUUACCCUCGGAAGAAGAGAGCAGUAAUCUGAACCAAUAAGUAGAUCUACCUUGCCACCUGGUCUUUUUAUCGGAUGAAGUUGGACUCCUAAAACUGAUGCAAUUUCACUCAUAUUCAUUUCGCAUAACUCAGAUGUCAUUUCAUCGAAACCCACUGCAUCUAUUACCCAUUCACUACUAUCUUCGUCAAAUAAUGCCUCUUUAUAUCUCUUCCUUUCAAUAUUUUGUCUGAUUCCCUACUUUUGUUAAGGUCAUACAUACAUCCAAACCUUUAAGACCCAGCUCCUUGGGUGCGGCAUGAGUGAUCAUUGUUAAGUUGCUUCCUAGAUCAAAAAAAUGUCAGGAGAUUCUGGGAUUUACUCUUAAUGUUACUCAUCAUCAGCAAAAUGUCUUUCCUACCUAAAAAAUUAGUAGAAGCCUUGAGAGUCUGUGCGUCUUUAGUGAAAACUGAAUGCAAGAACAGAUGAUACCUCUUGCCACAUACAUCAUAGGUGUUUAUCUUGACAUCACAGUAGCUUCUUUUGCUACAGUACCUGGUAGUGUGUGCAGAUUCUAAGCACAAAAAAACAGGCACCAGAGGCUCUGAGAUGUUGCAUUUUUUCAUCAUCAUUCAAUUUUCGAAAAGUUGUACAUUGGCUUAUGUCAUGUGAAUUGUUAUUGUGAAACCAACAACUCCUAGUAUAAGCUCUGUAUCCUGGGUUAUAGUUAAAGGUGUUACUAUGAUUUUGAUUCUGACCAAGAACAUUCAUUACAGUUUGUGUCAUAUUGUUGAAACAAUGAAGAAUUUCUUUCUGGCUAGUUUCUAGAGUUUGUGCCAGUUUACUAAUUGCUUGUAUGAGAGUUGAUGCCUCAAUAUCACUCAGUAGAAGUGAGAUGGACUGACACUUUGGCUUCUACCUUUGUGAUCCUUAAUUCAUCCUCCAUAUACUCAAUAGCUCGGCACUCUCCAGUCAAGAAUUAACUUCUCAAAUUUUUCAUCAUCAUCCAACCCCAUGGCCUUAUGAGUCCAUUCUCUUUUCAAAUCAGCUGGAAGUAGCCUUUCAACCUUCAUUAAACUGGAUGAAUUGGUGAUUUCAUUCAGUUUACUAAUUUUCUUUAGGUCUAACCAUGCUUGUUCUACUACACUAAUCAAGCUCAAAAGUUUAGACUUGUUUCCUUCAGGCACUGGUUUUAAAGCGCAAAUUUCUCCUAUCACUGCAUCUACUAUUUUGGCUGAUGAUCCAAAACACUCAUGUAGCCUAUCCCACAUCUGAUCAAAAUCAUCCAGUCUUCCUAUAGCUUCCUUAGCUUUUCCUUGCAACGAGCAGUAUGAAUGGAUCCUUUCCAUGCCGGGAAAUCAUGUCUAGAAUAAUCCUUAACAAAUGUGGGAAACUCUCUAACAUCACCAUUAAAUAUUGGAGGGUCUACUUUCUUUAUCAAUAUGUUACAACUAUCACCAUUUGACAUAACUUUACUGGUCUUAUUUCUAAAUAAUAUCAAUUUGGACUGAGUUUCACACUUGGUUUUCUGUACAUCAGUGAUGUAGCACAAGGGUUCACACUGCGAGUCCUCAUCGAGUAAUUCAAGCAGUUUGCUAUUCAACUUUUCUAUGUUGUCAAACAGUUCACAUAUUUCCUGGAAUAAGUCUUCUAACACUUCACUUUCAACAGGGGGUUUCCUAUCAAUUAAAUCAUCAAACAAUUUCACCUUCAUUGUGAGUCUUCCCUUUGUUGUUUCUCACUGCCAUAUUAAGGAGUGAACCUUCUCACCAGUGCCUGUCUCCUCGUUGAGGUCCUUGGAAGUUAUAUUGUUGGAUUGUUUCAUCAAAACCGCUGGAUAGAGAGGGUUGAACGUUGCAUUCAACUUAAGUCGAUCCAACCUGAGAACAAUUAUCUAAUUAACCCAACAUCACAGCAUGGCGGAAGCAGCCACCACAGACGACUGACCUACGUGGCGGCUGCUGGCGCUGGGGUAAAGUAAGAAACAAACAAAAUGCGACAUGUGCAAUGCAAACUGUAAUGUUUAUAAAAAGUAAUCAAAAGUAACAAUAAUACACAAAUUAAAUUUCGUGAUACUUUCACAAAAUCGCUGCCCAGAGGAGGAAGCAUCAGGAUGUGUCUAGCUAUGGGUUUACACGGUUGAACGGCUCGUCAAACGCGGUUGUCGAACCUGGUUGUCAAACGGUCCGAAGAGUUGUCAGACAGUCAGACUAUUGUAUAUCAAACGUCAUACAUUCUCCACCCGACUCAGGUUAACAUCAUCGUCUCCCGCCUCCCGUAUGCCUCUCGACCAGGACGAUUUGAUUGCCAUUGCCUUAGCGGUGGCACUAAGAAGGAAAAAAAGAAGAUUAAAGUGGACGAAGGACUGGCUGCUAAAAAGACAUCAAAUGUCACACACCAACUUGCUGGCCGAGUUGAAAUUAGAGCCAGAUGAUUGGCGUAAUUAUUUGCGGAUGGACGAAGGAACAUACUCGUACAUUGAUCUCCUGAAUCGUGUCACCCCUUUCAUUACGUAUGAGGACACAUGUAUGAGAAAGGCCAUAACUCCACAUGAAAGACUGAGUGUCACUUUACGUUAUUUAGCAACAGGCAGGUCACUAAAUGAUAUGAAAUAUUCAGCUAUCAUUUCCACCAGCGCUUUAUCAUCAAUCAUACCAGAAACGUGUGAUGCUCUGUACCAGGUUCUGCAAAAUGACUACCUAAAGUUUCCUACGUCAGUGGGUGAGUGGCAGCUUAUUGCACAAGAGUUCGAGUCCAGAUGGCACUUCCCAAACUGUCUUGGGGCGGUAGAUGGCAAACAUGUACGGAUCACGCCACCACCAGAUUGUGGUUCAUAUUUCUGGAACUAUAAAGGGUACAACAGCCUUGUGUUAUUGGCAGCGGUUAAUGCGAACUAUGAAUUCACCAUGGCUGACAUUGGGACAAACGGCCGUGUAUCAGAUGGAGGGGUUAUUGAAAACACACAAUUUGGAAAACGGCUUUCAAAUGGGACUCUUAAUCUUCCAGCAGACGCUCCCCCUGCAAAUUCUGAUACUAACUUGCCUUACGUCUUUGUAGGUGAUGAGGCAUUUGCACUGAGAACUGACUUUUUGAAACCAUAUCCUCAGAAAGAUUUGGAUGCAGAGAAGAGGGUUUUUAACUAUAGACUGUCUAGAGCACGGAGAGUUGUAGAGAACGUGUUUGGUAUAAUGGCUUCUCGAUUUAGAGUUUUUCAUACAGCAAUAAAUCUGAAAUUAUCAA